AUGAGGGGGGUUUCCUGCCUCCAGGUCCUGCUCCUGCUGGUGCUGGGAGCUGCUGGGACCGCAGGUAAGGAAGCCGCAGCCUGCGGACAGGCCCGCAUGUCCAGUCGGAUCGUAGGGGGCCGAGAUGCCCAGGAUGGAGAGUGGCCCUGGCAGGCCAGCAUCCAGCACCGCGGGGAGCACGUGUGCGGGGGGUCGCUCAUUGCCCCUGAGUGGGUGCUGACAGCGGCGCACUGCUUCCCCAGGAAGGCACUGAGGUCCGAAUACCGCGUGCGCCUGGGAGCGCUGCGUCUGGGCCCCACCUCGCCCCGAGCGCUCUCAGCGACAGUGCGGCGGGUACUGCUGCCCCCAGACUACUCUGAGGACCAGGCCCGUGGAGACCUGGCGCUGCUGCAGCUGAGCCAUCCGGUGCCCUUGAGCUCCCGCGUAGAGCCUGUCUGCCUGCCUGCUCCUGGAGCCCGUCCAAGGCCCCGCACACAGUGCUGGGUCACUGGCUGGGGCAGCCUCCGCUCAGGAGUGCCGCUCCCGGAGUGGCGACCCCUACAGGGAGUAAGGGUGCCGCUGCUGGACUCACGUACCUGUGACCGCCUCUACCACCUGGGUGCAGACGUGCCCCAGGCCGAGCGCAUAGUGCUGCCAGGGAACUUGUGUGCUGGCUACAUUGAGGGCCGCAAGGAUGCCUGCCAGGGUGACUCUGGGGGACCCCUGACCUGCCUGCAGUCUGGGCGCUGGGUCCUGGUGGGCGUUGUGAGCUGGGGCAAGGGUUGUGCCCUGCCCAGCCGACCAGGUGUCUACACCAAUGUGGCCAUGUACACUCCCUGGAUUCAGGCUCAUCUCAGCCACUAA